UGGAUCCUAAGGAAUGAAUGGGGCUAGGCUAAAUGCUAACACAUUCACGAAGCACUGUGCAAAGAUAAAAGGCAUGCAUUGAAACAAUAUAGGUAUGUUUUAUUAGUCUAAGUUGAGGUAAGAACAUGGUAAAAUUUUAAACAACGGUGGUGUUUUCCCUUUAAAUGGUGAAUGAGAGUCAAUUUCCAGUAAAAUGACUAAAGUAACAUUUGUGGAAAGGCAUUUUAUUUACUGAAAAACCUUUUCAUUUCAAUUUACGGGAAAACAUGUCAGACACAUCUUAACUUAAAACAGGAAGUUAGGGUGUGACAUUGAGGAGCUGCUCCUCAUUUUAAAACACCAGUAGUGUUUAGUUUACCUCACAGCCUGGAAUCUGAUGAAAAGUGCAAAAUGAUGUAAUAAAAGUUUUUGAUAGAAGUGAGAGACUGUAUGUUUUGAAUGCUUAUAUUAUGCACUGUAUUUGCAUAAAGAUAUUCAUUGACAAAUCUGAGCUUCAUCUGAUAUCUUAUUGUAGUAUUUUUGUGUAUUUUAGCAUUUGUUUAUUUAUUUGGCAUAAGACAAACGUAUAUAAAUAAUGAUCUGGAAAAUUUGAAAGGGUUUAGUCUUUAAAAUACACUGUGAAAAUUAUUUGUUGGUUCAACCAAAAGUAAGUUACCUGGUUGCCUUAAAUUUGAGUUCAUUCAACUUAAAAAUAUUACUGGACAACCUUUUUAAGGCAACUAAUAUUUUUUAAAUUGAAUUAACCCAAUAUUUUACUUUUUUUUAAAACUUUUUUACAGCGUAGAAAUACUCAGAAAUAGGAAAUCAAGAGGAUGGUCUUAUUUCUUAUUUGGAACCUGAUUUGACAUAUUGCUGAAUAAGAAAGUGUAAAAUGAAAAGUGCAGUCAGCAGUUUUUUCUUGCCACACUCAAAAGGGGAGGGGGAUGUAAAGUAUUGUUUCUUGGGUUAUUUGGUCUUCUUGCUUGUUUGGCUUCACUUCUUGACGUUUCAUUGGCAUCAUUAGACUUCAGAUAUAAUGGUUUAUCCAGCUGUAUUUUUCCAAUUUUUGAUCUGGAUCUGUCUGAUGAAAACAGGUUUGCAACAGCGUGCGGUUACUCAUAUUAUCAGCACUAUGUGUGUUGUCCGACAGUCGACGGUUCUCAUACCCUGCUCAUAUGGUCACUCCAGACACGAGAGCUUGUACAUAGAGGAAUGGGUUUAUCAGAGAUCACCGGAGGACAAUAAUAAGGUUGUCUCUCAGGACCCUGCGUUUAAAGGCCGUGUGGAGUUUGUGAACUCAACUGAAGGUGGCGGUGGCAACUGCUCGAUGCUGCUGAAGAAUGUGAGAGACCGUGAUGCCGGCAUCUUCCGUUUUAGGUUCAGAAGCAGUGUUUCUGGACAAACCUGGUCAAACUCUAGUGGUGUCAGUCUGAAAGUAACAGAUACAGAGGUGGAGAUGAUUUCCCAGUAUGAUGUGGUGACAGAAGGAGAUUGGUUGGUAUUUUUCUGCGGCUCUUGCGUCCCCUCCAUCAUCGUGCCCACCUACAUCUGGAGGAAAGAUGGUCAUGUGUACAGUCAGAAUUAUGGGACCAACCAGCUUGAUUUGAACUCUGUCAGACCAGAGGAUGCAGGUCGAUAUUCCUGCUCGUUACGUGGUCAUGAUGGACUCAACUCCUCGUCUGUUAUCGUCAAGGUUAGACCUGGAGAUCCUCCAAAGAACACAACAAUACUCAUCAGUCCAUCUGCUGUAAUAAUGGAGGGUGAUUCAGUGAAUCUGACCUGCAGCAGUGAAUCAAAUCCACUUGUUCACAACUACACCUGGUUUAAGGUGAAUGAAACGUCAUCUGUUGGAUCUGGACAGACGUACAGCAUCACUAACAUUAACUCCAGUCACAGUGGAUGGUUUUACUGUGAGGCUCAGAAUAAAUAUGGAUCUCAGAGAUCAAAUGCUGUUCAGCUGAUGAUUGUAACAGGAGGAGACAGCCUGGCUGUGAGUAAGGUUACAAUGGGAGUGAUACCGGCUGUCGUCAUCACAUCUGUAUCUGUGAUACUUUUGGUUGUUAUUGGGAUCUGUAUCUGUAGGAAAAGAGCAACAUCAGACAUUCAAAACAACACACAUCUACAGCACCAUAAAACGAUGGAGUCUUCUGAAGAGACUUACAUGACCCUUGACCCCAAGACCACGAGUUCUGAUUAUGACACACUGGAUAAUGUAAGAAAACCCACUGAUAACGGACAACCCUGAAAGCACACAGUUCUGCCAUUUAAAACAGCUGGAGAGGACAAAAGAAGAUAUAAUGACAUUAAACACUGGAUGUUUGUUUUUAGUGAAUAGUAAAGUUAAGGUCUAGUAACAGUAAGUGUUAGCAGCAAGUGGUGCAAUUUAAGUGUAUUCAUAUCAGCAUCAUCUAUGCUAGAAAUACUAUAUUUUUUGUAUUUUUCAAUUUUAAAGGGGACAUAUUAUUUGAGACUUUUGGUGUCCCAAGAGUGUGUUUAAUGUAGGUGUGAGUAAAAUGUGCCGCUUUUGGGUGUGUCCUUUAUAAUGCAAAAUGUUGAAUAGCGCACAUUAAGGUGUGGUAUUGUUUUUUAAUAAGAUCCCCUUAUGACAUCACAAGGGGAGCCACAUUUCAAUUACCUAAUUUUUCACAUGCUUGCAGAGAAUGGUUUACCAAAACAAAGUUACUGGGUUGAUCUUUUUCACAUUUUCUAGGUUGAUAGAAGCACUGGGGAUCCAAUUAUAGCACUUAAACAUGGAAAAGGUCAGAUUUUCAUGAUAUGUCCCCUUUAAUGAGGAUUUUUGUCAAGAUACGUCUCUCACUAACAUUGUGUAGUUACUGAUAUCCGCCUCUAGAUGUCAGGUUGGUAAGAGUUGAAUCUGUAAAGGUGUAAAGUGAACUGUUCGAUUAUUAUUUACUCAACAGUACUUUGACAGAGUUUCUGUA